AUGAAGAAGGAGAUUGCUAGUGUCUCCGUAUGCGAACACUCUAACAACGAAGAUAACGCGAAAUCCGAUUAUAUAUUGGCGACGUGCACGCUACCGGUUGUCAUUUUGGCACGACAUCUGACUGUGAGUUCUAAAACGGCGACGACACUACCAGCCCUUGUCCAGUCAAUGAACGCGAUACACAUGUAA